CUCGGACAGGAGACGGACGGUCGGAGGGUGAAGCGAGUACUCUCGAGCUGGGAAAAGAUUGUUGAAGUUAGUGCUUCAGACGGACGGACGGAGCGCAGAGGAUAUCCAGCCUGUGUGUAUGUGUGUGAGAGUGUGUGUUGGGUAAAUACAGAGCAGACGUCGCUCUCCAAAACCUCACUGCGGCGCGCAAGAACCAGAGGAGCGAGGGCUGCACCGGGACUGUGCUCACGCUGUUUCCAAGAGGACUAAAUAAAUCUGUGUAUCUCCUGAAAGGCGCUCAGCUCCGACUGUCAUUCAGUCUGUCCAGCAGCUCAAGGCUACUGAGCCGCGGACACUGGAGCCUUUUCCUUUUUUUAAUAUUAGGCUAUUAUUCAGACUUUCAAAACCAUCGAGGCAAACGAUCAGUAAGAUUUGAUCUCCGCAGCCUGCUUUCACGCUGACUCAUUGGACUGACUUUUCCGAGAGGCUCCACUCUGAAGAAUAACGUGUUUAUGGAUCGCUGCGCAGCGAGGAGCACCGGGAGUUGUAGGCUACGCGCUUGUGCAUCGAUCAUGUUGAUACCUCGCUGUUGCUGUGAACUUUGAUAGAUGUUUACAUAGAGAACUCACUAAUAUAGAUAAACGAUUUCAACAAAUACGCACAGAUAAGCUCAGAUUGACCUCUGGAAGGAAGUGGGAAGCGCCUUUUUUCUUUUGCUGCCCUCCCUCGUUUUUUCUCUCCCAAGACGGAUCUGUAUCACUCAGCCUCUCCUUCUGUGAUUUAAACAAAGACCAAAGUGUUUGGGGAUAGCAUGGCAAUGGUAGUAAACCAGUGGCCAGAGAACAUUUCUGCAGAUCCGGGGUCUCAGCUCCAGAUAUGCGGCCAGGAGCCCGGCGGGGCACCGGGAACCCCCAACGGUUCCACCCCGGGGAACGACGCACUUUCCGGGGACAAGAUCCCCAACGUGGACUGCAUGGUGUGCGGGGACAAGUCCAGCGGGAAGCAUUACGGUCAGUUCACCUGCGAGGGAUGCAAAAGCUUCUUUAAGCGCUCGGUGAGGCGGAACCUGUCGUACACCUGCCGGGGGAACCGAGACUGUCCCAUCGACCAGCACCACCGGAACCAGUGUCAGUACUGCCGGCUGAAGAAGUGCCUCAAAGUCGGCAUGAGAAGAGAGGGUAAGGCCUUAGCUGUACAACGAGGACGCACAUCAAACUCCCAGAGCAGCCCCGGUCAGUACCUGACCAACGGCACCGACCCGUACAACGGCCAGCCGUACCUGUCCGGCUUCAUCUCUCUGCUGCUACGGGCCGAGCCCUACCCCACGUCUCGCUACGGGGCCCAGUGCAUGCAGGGAAACAACCUGAUGGGCAUCGAGAACAUCUGCGAGCUGGCGGCCAGGCUGCUCUUCAGCGCUGUUGAGUGGGCCAAGAACAUACCCUUCUUCCCCGACCUGCAGCUCAUGGAUCAGGUGGCACUGUUGCGCAUGUCAUGGAGCGAGCUCUUCGUCCUCAACGCCGCCCAGUGCUCCAUGCCGCUCCACGUGGCUCCUCUGUUGGCGGCGGCGGGCCUGCACGCGUCGCCCAUGUCGGCGGAGCGCGUGGUGGCCUUCAUGGACCACAUCAGAGUCUUCCAGGAGCAGGUGGAGAAGCUGAAGGCCCUGCAGGUUGACACGGCUGAAUAUUCCUGCCUCAAGUCCAUCGUGCUCUUCACGUCCGAUGCUAUGGGGCUGUCAGAUGUAGCCCAUGUGGAGAGCAUCCAGGAGAAGUCUCAGUGUGCCCUGGAGGAGUACGUGAGGAACCAGUACCCCAGUCAGCCCAACCGCUUUGGCCGCCUCCUGCUCCGCCUGCCCUCCCUGCGCAUCGUCUCCUCCCCGGUCAUCGAGCAGCUGUUCUUCGUCCGCCUGGUGGGCAAGACGCCCAUCGAGACGCUGCUGCGCGACAUGCUGCUGUCGGGCUCCAGCUACAACUGGCCCUACAUGCCCACGGUGCAGCGCGACCGGCCCAUCUCCCUCCACUAUAACGAGAACGGGCCCUGAAGGAGGAAAGUGGCUGCAAAGCUGCAGGAGAAAUUCAGGCUGAACGUCCAUCCGACUCCUCAUCCAUCCAUCUCUCCUUUCACCCAGGAAGCAUCUCCCUCACCAUUCCACAUUAUCGGUCACCAUCCCGGUUACAUAAGCCAGCCAAUCAUUCACUAGCGCCACUGCAGAGACUCAGUGGCCAGUCGCAGUCCCUCCGCCGACAUCUGAGAUGUGGCACGAGAUGGACACGUUGGUAGAACGGGUUAUUGCGCAGUUCACCAGCAGGUCUGUUGGACAGAUGCCACAAAAACAAGGGGCAACAAAAGACAAAAACGUUUGCUUUAUCGUUGGUGCCACGCCCUCUUCUACAGAGGGGGCGCACCAGCGUUUCAGUAUGGCGAAUACUGAGCAAGGGCUUUGCCAAUUGGACUCUUCAACCGAGAGCACAAGGCCCGUUGUAUAUUUACCAAUUUUUGAAAAGAAAGCCAGAAGCCAUUAAAAAAAAAAGAAAAAAGAACACAAAUGCCAAAUGUCUUGGACUUUUGCAGAGGACAUGUUUUAAUGUGUGUGUUUGUAUUAGCACUGUUUAUAUGGAGAGAAAACUCAUGAUUGUGUCCAUAUGUACAGUAUAUCGUCGAUUCAUAGGCAUCUAUAGCAUAUUAGGGUUCAAUGGGAAACGCUCAGGUUCAGAGGGUGGGCAGGCAGACAGACAGAGAGACAGACAUGCCAAUAUCAGUACAAAAGAGCAAAAAGACAAACCCAGUAAAAGUUUAUCAGCAGCCUGUGCCAAAGCUGAAAAUGCAUAUUGUUUGGAUAUUUUUGUGGUAGUGUUGGUGAUGAAAAUAUUAUGUUUGAUCUGUCUAUAAUUUGACUAUAUACUUGUUUUUUGGGGUCUCAGGGGGAGAGGAGGAGUUUGUAAAAGAAUACACAAAUGAAAAGCUUAGGCACUUGCAUUGUAAACUAGUCAGAAGCUUCACUUAUUCACUCUGUCCAAUCACAGCACUGGAAGAUUUAUGCCAUCUGAUCAACUGACUUUUUGUACUUAUUCAGACGUCCCGUUAAAACUCCUCGAAGUGUCGCUAUCGCAGGAGGGCCACAACUCAUCCUCGUUCUUGUUUUUAUCUUCAUGAUUGUCACAAUUGGACCUUUUGGACCUUUGGGGGGGGCCGGGUGGGGGCAUUUUACUGUACUUUAGCUGUACUUGCCUUAGAACAAAGAUUUUGUCACUGAGCAUUUAUCUUAUGACUGUGCCAUAAUCUCUCGUUACCUGUUAUAACAGGUAUUAUGUCCCAUCAGGAGCGGAAAUGGACUCGAGCGAUGUAAAAAAUGAUUAGCGUGAACAGAAAAGUGAUGCAAAAUAUAGAGAUUUUUUUAAUGCAUCAAUAGAAAGAGCAGAUAUUUCUGCAGCACUUUCAGUUUUUCAACCUCCUGCGAGUUCUUCUCCGCUUCUUGAUGAUAUUGUCACGUAGGGAAAACCCCCUCGACUCAUGUCAUUAUCGUACCGAUACCGUAGAGAAAAGUAUCACUAACCUCUGAAAACCUCAGUCUAUGUUACAAUGUUAUCCCAGUUGGACUUAUGACUGUGACUUAGCUUAGGACUAUUUUAAGUUGUUGUUGUUGUUUUGUUUUUUUCUUCCCCUCAGUUUGUUUUGACAACCUGUCUCACAUUUCCAACAUGGCACUGUGGUAUCAACAUUGGCAUUGGAAAAGCCAUCUGGGACCUUAGAGCGCUGUCUGCUGAUGAAUAAUAAUUCACAGUUCCUAUGAGUUUAUUUUUAUCCCCUCUACUUUUUGUUUGCAAAUAUGGAUUAUCCAUUAAUUGAAAUAAAAUUCUGUUG